GGCAGCAGACGCCAGUGCUCCCCCUGGCCCCGGUAAUGGCCAUGAGCGGCUCCCCGAGGCGCCGGAGGGGGAGAGCGGAGAGUCGCGCCGAGGGAGUGAUUUCUGAUCCAGGAGUCUUGAAAAUGCCGAGAGAAUGUGAAGAACUUGAGUCAACACUGAAAAUAUAUGAGUGUCAUGUGGCAGAAAUUCAGGGUAACUUCAAAGUUUUAACAGCUGAGAGCAACAAAACUGUCAAUCUUUAUGAACAGGCACAGGAGGAGAGUUCCCAGCUUCAUCGGGAAGUUAUAAAAUGCCCCAGGACUCCCAAAAGCACUGUGAUAGCUCAAGCUGUAUUAAGACACAUGGAGAUAGAAAGGGAUACAGCACUGUCAGAUUUCUGAAGGAUGCCUACAGAAUGUGAUAGCCUCAGGGAGCAGAUUUCCCAAGAAACUGCAUUUAAUGAAAAGGCUCAUUUGGAACAGAGAAUUGAAGAGCUUGAAACUACUGUUCAUAAUGUGUGUAACUCAAUAGAGGCCUAA